AAUCAUAAAAAUGAUUAGAAUGAACACUUUGAUCCAAGUUAGACACUUUAAGAUUUGAAAGAGUCAAUUUUUUGUCAAGGAAAACUAUUGUCGCGUCACCAUUCGUUGCUAUGCUGCUCCUCCGUUAUAAAAACGAGAGCAAACCAUGGAAACGUCAGUUGUGUUUAUGCUGUGCUUUCAGUGUGGACGCCUUUCCUGUUCGUGAGAAUUACGAAUGCGAUUUCGCCUGAUUAUUGCCGUACUUCUUUGGGCUCCAGUCUUCAAGACUGUGAGCUCCCAGACCUUUAGUACCAUCUCGGGUCUCUCCCAGGGUAGUCUCCCCAUCUCUACCCUGCCUGAAGACUGUCCGUCAACUGUUGACGUGUCUGACAUCGUCUUCAUCUCUGCAGUCCCAAUAGCCAUUGGCUUCGGACUGCUCCUGCUCUUGGCCUUUCUGCAAGAUCUUAGACAGGCAUGCAAGAGCAAACGCUCCUGUCCACCAUCUCCUUGCAACAUCCGGGGAAACAGGGCCAGAAAGGAGCGUACCUACAUCAUCGAUGUAAACUAUGCUGGCCGUUCAUAUUGGGGUUCAUUCCUACGUUGGUGUGCACUGCACAAAUCAUCAGGUGCAAAGAAAAACCCGCGUCUUAUGAGACUCCAAGGAACAACUGGCUUCAGCAACUGGCUAUCUUUUGAUCUGGUUCUUGGAAAAACUUCAGAGCAGAAGACUUUGACAACCCCUCGCUCCAUUGGUAAGCUCGUAGCCGUGGAGACGAAGUACCCAUCAGCGAGCGAUGGAUUCAACUCCAGGCUGCUUCCAUCUUCCAACAUUGGAGCUUGCCUUCGAGGAAUCAUCAACAGGGCAUGUGAUAUUGAGAUCAAGAAAAUCCAUGCCAUGGAUACUAAGACCCAGGAUUGUUUCAUCUCUGGCUGUGGAGCAGGUAGUGGUGGUAUAUCAUCAUCAGACCAAGGAAUUACUACCAUCUUUCCACUGCUACUCUCUACCACUCAGCCGGCAUCCAGGGUCAACUACAUCGCUUACUACUUAAAGAAUGGCUCUCUGUGGACCUCUGCCUUCACACCAUGGCGUCAGGGUAACUUCACCGGAUCUCGACACAUCACCUGUUUGUUUGCCUGCAUUAGUUACACUAUGGUUGCAGUGCAGGUGACGUCGAACCCAGUUUUGCAGCCAUCUCUUGGAGAGUUUGUUUUGAUCAGCUCCAUGGAUUUCGAUAUCACUGUGGGGAUGGUCAUCAAGGCAGCGGGGGUCAGCAUUGUACUCUUCCCUUUUUUCAUCAUGAUUGAAGUACUUUGCCGCUCUGCCCCGACCAUUCUGUCAUCAUGUGGUCAACCUGCCAUGUCUCCUCUGGAACGAAACGGAAACUUAUUUUUGACAACGGCUCGCAGUUCUCAACCAGUAAAAACUCAGUCUGCAUCUGGGAGCUUCUGUGGUGGUGGCGGUGGUGAAGAUGAAGGUGUCACAGAUGAGUUCCAACGGAAGUCUGUCAGUGCUCCAGAUAUGCAAGGCUACGGAAUGAGACCAGCGGAUAACGACAAACAACUAACCGAGGAUGCUACAACACACUGCGACAACAUUGGCAGUCAAUGUGCCACCUGUAACAAUACUAAUGGCAUUGAUUCCAAACCAGUCUCCAUCACCGAUUCAGCAACCACUGUCUCUGAUGACAUCUGUGAAGAUAAUCAGUCCAUCUGUCCUGCUGACCAACUGAAAUGCCAUCACAAGUUGACUUGCCACAAGUGUCCUGUAUGCCAUCGGACCACCGGGAGCAGAUAUUAUGACCCAGGAGCUGGCUGUUCAGGAGAAAACACAUCAGCUGGUUACAAGUUCUAUAAGCAUGGAGGCUUCAUUCGUCCAGGGUAUGCCUAUUCCAGCUCUAGCCUUGAUUCAGCAGGUAGUUCUAGAAGUUCUCUGAGCAGUAACCCAACCUUGGCAGAUCUCUCCAUAUCUUCAUCCAGUGAUUCCAGUAAAUCUGCAUCCAUCAGCGAUUCAUCAUGCAUCAUCUCCAACCAACCACUGGAUGAGUCAUCUCCUUACAACACCCAAGGUGCAAUCAAACCUACAGCAUCUGAUGACAAUCUUGACAUCGUGAACAAACGCCAGACUGCUCCAUCACUGUCACCAUCCAAGGAGCUGUCAGAAUACCGGCCUGACUCCAUCUCAAGAGCUACAUCAACCUCUGGACUUCUUGAGAAAAAACACAAGACAACCUGCAAAUGGGAGGCUGGUGAUCAAUUUCAAGGCAGCAAGUAUCUGGAUAAUGACAAGAAGAUGAAGCAAGAAGACAUAACUCCAACAAAAUUCAUAAAGUACACUGAUGCCCUUCUUGAGCCAGAAAUCAAAACAGCCAUAGUGUUGCGCACCAAGAAUUACAUCAGCAGGUUCAGUGACAUGGGCAAAGGCAGAUGGGUGUCCUUACCAAAGCUGGAUGCAGUCCUCUCCGAAGAAAACUUCAACACCAUUGAGAAGACUGAUAUCAAGUCUAACCUGUCUGUCCCUGGGACGGCACAAGAGCACAAGAUCCAACGCAUCGCAGAGAGACCCUAUCAACACAGUCCAAUGACAACUGGUUCCGACUACAUCAUCAAUAUUCCACUGGAAUUUGAAAUGCCAAAAGUAACCAUAGAGAGAACCACCAGCCAUAAGUCUUUCUUCUUCAACUUGAAAAAGUGGCUGGUUGGAUUUCGCUCCAAGCCUAAGGUUGAUGUUGGUGAUGACUACAAGCUGGAGGUGACUGAGGAAGAUGCUGCCAUUAAGUUCUCACCUGAGAACAACUGUCUGCCCUGCAGCCAUGAUGUCACCUUGGAAGUCCAGGUCGAUGAAGAAGCUAAAUGUAAUAGCAACUCAAAGGGUUCCUCUCAAAGAAAUGCCUACAUGACAAUACCAAAUACCUCCGACAGUGACAACAUCAGUGCAAAGAUGACCGAUGACCACCUCAAGGGAUCCAUCUUCCAGUCAUCAAGUCAUUUAAUUGAGUACCAGCCUGAUGCCAUUAGUUCUUUCUCUUCAAGCAGCUGGAUGAGUAUUGUAUCAUCUCGUGAUGACACAAAUGAAAACAACAACAAUCAAGUGACCAUCAUCCAAGUCAAGCCUUGUGAUGAACCAACCAUUAACGUGUCAGCCAGUGCAACCUCCUCUGAUGCUGAUGUUGCCAUGGAUGCCAACCAGUCUACAUCCAACUCAGCUAUCAUACAGUCUGAUUCCUCUGAGAACGACGUAACCCACUCCGAUGGGGAUUCGGCCAGUACCAACUCUGGUAGCUCUCCAAUAAGCCAGCAGGUGUUUGAAGCCCAGUCAGCAUCAACCAACAAGCACUGUACUGGCUGCAUCCCAUUUCUGACGGUGCUCAGCCAAGUCCUUCUGAUUACAUCCUCUGUGUUAGCCAUCGUAUGGUCUGUGUCAUCUUUCCACGGUCUCUGCAGGAAUACUUUCUUGGAAUGGGUCGCAACUGCCAUCAUUGCCAUUCUCUUCCAUGCUCUCGUCUUGGACACAAUCAAGGCCAUCAUUUUGACUGUAAUUAAAAGGCGCAGAGACAAAAGAGCUACCUCGCCCACGCCUCACACAGUCAUUUAUUAAACCAGAUUCCGGACCAUCCAUCACACAGACUGUAGCAUAUCAACAUUUUACUCACUCUCAAGCUGUAAAUAACCAUGGAAAACCUCAAUAAAAAAGCAAUUAAUUUACCUUCGAAUCCGAAAAUAAACAAUCCUCAUUUUCACUUGACUCCUUAUUCUCACUUCCAGUAUCAGUAAAUCCUGAAUGUUACACUCAACUUUACAGCCUGUUUAUGAUGGAUGGUCCAAUCAAGUCUUGCAGCAACUUGUGACAGAUUUGGGGAGGGUUCGGGAUAAGUUUUAGGAUAGACAGUACAUUUAUCUUUAUAGUUACAUCAAUGAAGAAAUUCAAAACUUUACCACCACUUGAAAGACACGAAACAUGUGACUGAGAC